AUGACGACCCUGCUGGAGAUCAAGAGCAGCGUGCUGAGGCAGGUGCAGGUGCGCCCCUCCUCCCGCCGCAGGACCGACGCAGCGGGCGCCGCCGGCGCGGACCCCCAGGAGCCGGCCGCGGGGGCCUGGAAACCGGGGGACGGCGUGGAGUUCUUCGCGCACAUGCGCCUCAUUCUGAAGAAGGGGGAAGGCAGACAGGGGCUGCCCUGCCCCGAGGUCCUCCUGCGCAGCGGUUCGCCAGCCCCCGCUGAGCCUGUGGACCCCAACCUUGGCCUGAGAGCUCUGAGCCAGGAGGAGGUGGAGAUGCUCUAUGAGGAGGCCUUGUACACGGUCCUGUACCGGGCAGGGACCCUGGGCCCUGACCAGGUGGAUGACCAGGAGACCCUGCUGGGCUACCUGCAGCAGGUGUUUGGUACCAGCCCUGAGGAGCACGCCGAAGCCAUUGAGCGUGUGAAGAAGGCCAAGGCCCCCACGUACGCCCUGAAAGUCUCUGUCAUGCGUGCCAAGAACCUGCUGGCCAAGGACCCCAAUGGCUUCAGUGACCCGUACUGCAUGCUGGGAAUCCUGCCCGCCUCGGGCGCCCCCCGGGAGCCGGGGCCGCGCACGGAGCAGCGCUUCAGCUUCCGCAAAGGCAGCAAGCGUGCAGGCCCACUCCCGGCCAAGUGCAUCCAGGUCACCGAGGUCAAGAGCAGCACCUUGAACCCUGUCUGGAAGGAGGACUUCGUCUUCGAGAUUGAGGAUGUCAGCGCGGACCAGCUGCACCUGGACAUCUGGGACCAUGAUGAUGACGUGUCUCUGGUGGAAGCGUGCAGGAAGCUGAAUGAGGUCAUCGGCCUGAAGGGCAUGAGCAGGUAUUUUAAACAGAUUGUCAAGUCGGCCCGAGCAAACGGGACAGCAGGGCCCACGGAGGACCACACUGAUGACUUCCUGGGGUGCCUCAACAUACCCGUCCGGGAGGUGCCCGUGGCGGGUGAAGACCGCUGGUUCAAGCUGGAACCACGCUCCAGCGCCUCCCGCGUUCAGGGAGACUGCCAGCUGGUCCUCAAGCUGAUCACCACACAGAGGGACACGGUCAUGAGCCAGCGCGGGCGGUCGGGCUUCCUGUCCUAUAUGCUGCUGCUCGGUCGUCUCCUGCAGUUCGAGCACCGACCCGAGGAGCCCAAGGCGAGCUGCUGGCGGGGAGAGCUCAGCGGGCCCGCGGCCACGAUCCUCUGCCUGCACGGCGCGCAAAACAACCUGUCUGCGCUGCAGCUGGCGGUGCUGCACUGGCAGGUUAGCAGCCGCCACCAUCAGACCCGCACCCUGGACUACGGCUACCUGCUGGGGCUGCUGGAGGACAUGCAGGCGCACUGGGAGGAGGCGUCUUCACUGCCCCAAGGGCAGGAGGAGAGCCUGGCUGACAGCUUCAAUGCCUUCUCGGAGUUUGGGCUGCGGCUGCUGCGCCAGCUUCGAGACUUCUUCCCGGCCACCAACAGCACAGCCGUCUACCGCCUGGAGCUGCUGCUCAAGUGCCUCAGCAAGAUGCAGAUCUUCCAGCCUUCCUUUGAGGCGCGCUCCUUCCGGACGGAGCUCAACGCCGACAUCUCCGCUGCUCUGAAGAGAGGCAACCGCGAAUGGUACGACAGGCUCCUGAGCGCCAAGAGUCCUCGCGAGCAGCCGGGGCCGCAGCGCCUUGCCGGGCUGGUCGAGCUGGCUGAUGCCGUCUACGAGGACCUGCAGGCCUGCUACGGGGUCUACGCCAGCCUCUUCCACAGCAUCACGGACAUCGACUUCUUCACCCUCACUUUCCGGCAGCUGGAGCGGCUGGUGGCUGAGGAGGCAUGGGUGCUGACGGAGGAGCUGAGCCCCAAGAUGACCCUCGAGGUGGCUUCGGGGCUCUUCGAACUGUACGUGACCCUGGCGGACAUCCAGCGUUUCUGGAGCAGCAUCCUCGGCUGCGACAGCCGCUCCCUCGCCCUGGCUGGCAUCCACGCCCCGUUCCUGCCCGCCGUGAAGCUUUGGCUGCAGGUGCUGCGGGACCAGGUCAGGUGGAGACUUCAGGGAGCUGUGGAUGUGGACACGCUGGAGCCCAUGGACACCUCCUCCAAGCACAGCAGUUCUGCGGCCACGGCUAGCCUCUGCUUCAGUCACAUCCAGGAGCUGUGGGCCCGCCUGGCGUGGCCGGACCCCACCCAGGCCCAGGCCCUCGGCACCCAGCUCAGCCAGGACCUGUGUGCGGCCACCCUCUUCUACACGGAGCUGCUGCGGAAGAAGGUGGACGCCCAGCCGGGGGCCUCGGGCGAGGCAGUGAGCGAGCCGCUCUGCGUGGUUCUCAACAACGUGGAGCUCCUACGCAAGGCUGCGGGGCAGACGCUGCGGGGUCUGGCCCGGCUGGAGGCGACCGCGGGGCCCGAGGCGGCGCUCCCGCGUCCUCUGCUUAGCUGUGCGCAGGCCCUGGAUGAAGACCUGCAGCAGGAGGUCCACACCGUGACGGCGCACCUGACCUCCAAGAUGGUGGCUGACAUCAGGAAGUACGUGCAGCACAUCAGCCUGUCGCCAGACUCCAUCCAGAACGAUGAAGCCGUGGCCCCGCUCAUGAAGUACCUGGAUGAGAAGCUGGCCCUGCUGAAUACCUCGCUGGUGAAAGAGAACCUGAGCAGGGUGCUGGAGGCGCUCUGGGAGCUGCUCCUGCAAGCCAUCCUUCGGGCUCUGGGUGCAAACUUUGACGUCUCUGCUGAUUUCUAUGGCCGCUUCCACUUCACGCUGGAGGCCCUGGUGAAUUUUUUCCACGCGGAGGGCCAGGGUCUCCCCCUCGAGAGCCUGAAAGACGGAAGCUACAAGAGGCUGGAGGAGGAGCUGCGCCUGCAUCAGUGCUCCACCCGCGAGUGCAUCGAGCAGUACUACCUGGACAAGCUCAAACAGAGGUCCCUGGAGCGGAACCGGUUCGGGCGCCUGAGCGUGCGCUGCCACUACGAGGCAGCUGAGCAGCGGCUGGUGGUGGAGGUGCUGCACGCCGCGGACCUGCCCCCGCUGGACGCCAACGGCCUCAGUGACCCAUUUGUGAUCGUGGAGCUGGGCCCGCCACACGUCUUCCCGCUGGUCCGCAGCCAGAGGACCCAGGUCAGGAACCGGACCCUGCACCCCGUGUACGACGAGCUCUUCUACUUCUCCGUGCCAGCAGAGGCGUGCCGCCGCCGCGCUGCCUGCGUGCUGUUCACCGUCAUGGACCACGACUGGCUGUCCACCAACGACUUCGCGGGGGAGGCAGCCCUUGGCCUGGCCAGCGUCGGGGGCAUAGCACGGCCCCAGGUGGGAGGGAGCGCGAGGGCCAGGCAGCCCGUCACCCUGCAUCUGCGCCGGCCCAGGGCCCAGGUGAAGUCGGCACUGAGGAUGCUGGAAGGCCGCGCCGGCAAGGAGGCGCAGGACUUCGUCAGGAGGCUCAAGGAACUGGAGAAGGGCAUGGAGGCGGACCCCUGAGCGCCCCUCGCCCACCCUGUGUGCCGCGGCGGCCCUCUAGCUCCUUCCCGCCCUGGCGGUGUCUGUGUGAUGUGUGCCGUGAA